GUUCGAUCAACUUGGGCCACUUCUCAUUGGACCCCAUAACGAGCUCACUGUCGUGGCGCAGCGUAGGUCUUCAAAGGUUUUACCGCCUGGUGCCUUGAACGAUGAACUGCCUCAGGUCUACAUGUGUACAACGCUUCGUGACCCCUAAAGUGUACAGAUGGAGAGCUCGGUUCAACCGAUGGGCAGCUCUUUUGGCUUGUGUUCUGACUUCCCUUCCAGACUUUGGUUGUCUUGCAAUCAGUAAUUCUGGCUUAAAAAUCGUCUACAGCAUCUUUCAAGAGCCUCCUCAUUCUAUCGUUCACUCUGUAGCUUACAGCUUGGUUGGGCCAGCGUUACCGGGUUGCGCGUUGUCCGGUGUUCUACUGCGAAACCUGUUUCCAAGCCCGUUAGUGAACGUUAACAUCUGGCCGAGGAUGCUACUCAGAAAAACCCAUUCAAGUUCUCCAAUGAAGAUAUCACAAGCCUUGUUGCCUUUUCCACUUCUGUUCAAGAGCUCGAGAGGCUUCAGUUGGAAGUAUUCACGUCAUCAUUUGUACUCAGCUGUCUACGGUAUCCAUCGGUGGACGGUCUCCUCCUGCUUUCACUCUGACAUAGAGGAAGAAAAAGAUUGUCAAGUGUUAGAUUUUGGUAUUUCACCCUUCGUCAUCGUUCGUUCUUCGGAUAGUCCCGACUACGCGUAGACUGUCCUCUCCUUGUUGUCUCCCGCCAUGUCGUAGACACUUGAUACAGCG